AACGACACAAUGUCAGAAAGGAUACUCGUACUACAAACAGGAGGCACAAUAGAUAAAUGCUAUCCAAAAACCAUUCUUGGGUAUUCUUUCGAGAUAGGCGAACCUGCCGUCUCGCGCAUCCUUGACCGUGUGAAAUCAUCCAUGGCCGUGGAAGUACAGAGUGUAUGCAGGCUGGAUAGUCAGGAUGUACGCCAGGAGGACAGGAUGAAACUUGCCCAGGCGUGUCGUGAAACAAAUGCCAAGAGGAUUUUAAUUACCCACGGUACAGACAAGAUGUUGGAAACGGCUGAAAUUUUGUCAAAAGAAAAGCUUGAAAAAGUUAUAGUCCUUACGGGUUCUUUCCUUCCGGAAAGGUUUAAGGAUACUGAUGCCGAUUUUAACAUAGGGUUUGCCUUUGGAUGUUUACAGACAAUGACAUCCAGCGGUGUAUUUGUGGCUAUGAACGGUUGUAUCAUACCUUGGUCGAAAUGUCACAGAGACUCUGUGACAAACAUGUUUGGACCUGUUCUUUAACGACACCAGAUUAUAAGAACAUUGUCCUCUACGGACCUUUAAAAUGUUUUUUUAAUGACUUACCUGAUCAAUUUUUCACAGCCAUUUGAGGUGUUGACAAUUUCGCAAUAUUAAUAAUGAACCAACGUACAACAUUCAAUGGAUCGAUUGGCGAUUUUCUCGAUAAUAAACUUACCGUCUGAUUUC